AUGUCCGACUUCCACAACCAGAGCCAAGCCAGCGCUCGUCGCAGCGACUACGUGUGGCAAUAUGAAUAUUAUGACGAUGAGGAGCCCGUGUCGUUUGAGGGUCUCAAAGCGCAUAGAUACUCCAUCGUCAUCGGCUUCUGGGUUGGACUCGCCGUGUUCGUCAUCUUCAUGUUUUUUGUUCUCACGCUGCUGACAAAAACAGGAGCCCCACAUCAAGAAAACCCUGAACAUGCUGAGAAGCACCAUCGACCAGGGAGCUGUCUGGCAGACAAUGGCAGUCCCCAGGACGAAAACGAAAGAGCCUUCUCGCGCCCUUUGUUACCUGAGUCCCGCUCAUUUUUCCACUUCUACAUCAGCGAGGAGGAGCAGGGUCAGGGGAAGUGCAAAGCAGAAGACCAGGGAGGUGGGGCCAUCCAAGGCCAGCGGGCCCGCAACAGGCUUGGAGGUGUCAGCUCCUCUGGGAUGGAGGAGAUGGAAGAAGAAGGAGAGGAAUCAGAGGAGCGCCAGCCUCUCCAGGGACUAGUGGAUGAAGGCAAGUCAGACAGAGAGAGUGCCUUCCUGUCCCACUUCAACAUCCCUAACUUUGUGAACUUGGAGCAUAGUUCCACGCUGGGAGAAGACGAUCUGCUCCUCUGUGAGCCAUCCGCCAUGCUGGGCAGCCAGUCCCGCUCUCAGGAUGCCCAUCGCAACAUUAACUGAGGCUCUGCCUGCAGGGAGACAACAGGCAUUGGCCCCUUUUAAUGUAGCAACACACAAAAAGGAAUAUAUUCUCCUUUGUUGUUUUAGGUUUCAAGAGGAAUGUGCCCAUUUCUGAAAUGACAAGGCCCUUUAUACCUUCUGUUAGAUACAGUAUCUACCUGCCUUUUGACA